CAGCCGGGGUUCGGCCCCUGCCCGGGCGCACCAGUUGCGCGCGGGUCGGCUCUGCGCCCCCGCCGCUUCCCCGGGUCUCUCCCCGCCUGCUGGAAACUUGAUCGGAUCCGCGUGAGUCGGAGAGGAGGAGGAGGAGGAGGGCGGAGGCGCCCCGCUCGUCGCGGCGGAAAGGCAGGGCCGGCCACGAGGGCGACGCUGCAGCGGGCAGGUGCGGCAGAGCAGUAGAUGCCAUUUUGAAGAAACCCCAAAGGCACAAAUGGCUUUAGCUGGCUGCCCGGACUCCUUUUUGCACCAUCCUUACCGGAUAGACAGCGUAGAUCAGACGGCACGCAGUCGGCGGGAACUAGUGGAACCUGGAUUCCAAGAACAAUCAAAUCGCAUCUCCUUAAAUCACCAAGACGAUGACGUGGACUUGGAAGCUUUAGUGAACGAUAUGAACUCUUCCUUUGAGAGCUUGUACACCACCUACAGCAUGCAUUCAGAAAGCAAAUCGCUUCUUCAAAAUGGCCAGCUCUGUCGCAUCCAGCCACCGCCGCCCACCUCAGGAACAAAUUUGCCUCAGCCUUUGUCUCCGCAACAGAAAGUGCAGCGGUCGCAGCCAGUUCGCAUUAUGGCAGUCAGGCGCCUCCAAGAAGAGGAGCAGCAGUUCAGAACAUCCUCUUUGCCUGCCAUACCAAAUCCAUUUCCUGAGCUUUGCAGCCCUACGAGCUCACCUGUGCUGGCACCUGGAUCUCUACCUCAGAGUCAGCCUGCCAAUAAACAGGAUGUAAAAGUCUUUAGUGAAGAUGGGACAUGCAAAGUGGUCGAGAUCCUAGCCGAUAUGACAGCCAGGGACCUCUGCCAGCUGCUCGUUUACAAAAGCCAUUGUGUGGAUGACAACAGCUGGACUCUAGUGGAGCAUCACCCUCUUCUAGGAUUAGAACGGUGCUUAGAGGAUCAUGAACUCGUUGUUCAAGUUGAAUCCAUGAUGGGAAGUGAAAGUAAAUUUUUGUUCAGGAAGAAUUACGCAAAAUAUGAAUUUUUUAAAAAUCCUGUGAACUUUUUCCCAGACCAGAUGGUUACUUGGUGCCAGCAGUCCAAUGGCUGUGUUCCGCAGUCGCAACUCUUGCAGAAUUUUUUAAACUCCAGUAGCUGUCCUGAAAUUCAAGGGUUCUUGCAUGUGAAAGAACUGGGGAGGAAGUCGUGGAAGAAGCUGUACGUUUGUCUGAGGAGGUCUGGACUCUAUUUCUCAACAAAAGGAUCGUCAAAGGAACCAAGGCACCUGCAGUUGUUGGCUGACCUUGAAGACAGUAAUAUCUUUUCAUUGAUAGCAGGCAAGAAGCUGUAUAGUGCUCCGACAGAUUAUGGAUUUUGUAUAAAGCCCAACAGAGCGAGAAACGAAACAAAAGAAUUACGAUUGUUAUGUGCUGAGGAUGAACAGAGCAGGACAUGCUGGAUCACUGCAUUUCGACUUCUCAAGUACGGGAUGCUGUUGUACCAGAACUACAGAAUUCCACAACAGAGGAAGGCGAUGCUCCCACAUUUCACCACACCUGUACGAAGUGUUUCUGAGAAUUCUUUAGUAGCAAUGGAUUUUUCUGGACAAAUAGGAAGAGUUAUUGAAAAUCCAACAGAAGCACAGUGUGCCGCCAUGGAAGAAGGACAUGCUUGGCGGAAACGCAGCACAAGAAUGAACACCCUGAGCAGUCAAAGUCCUCUUCAUCCUUCCACAUUGAGCACAGUUAUUCAUAGGACACAGAACUGGUUUCAUGGCAGGAUCUCCAGGGAAGAAUCACACAGGAUUAUUAAACAGCAGGGAAUGGUGGAUGGGCUAUUUCUUCUCCGGGACAGCCAGAGUAAUCCAAAGACUUUCGUGCUUACGCUGUGCCACCAUCAAAAGAUCAAACAUUUUCAGAUUCUGCCGUGUGAAGAGGAUGGACAGAUGUUUUUCAGCCUGGAUGAUGGGAACACCAAAUUCAGUGACCUAAUACAGCUUGUUGAAUUCUACCAACUAAACAAGGGAAUUCUGCCCAGUAAACUCAAACACCACUGCAUCCGUGUAGCCUUAUGACCUCUGUCCCUGUCUUGUGGUGGCUUUGCUCAAGGACUGGAUUUGGUAGAGAAACCUUGUAAAAGGAAGUUGACACUGGGAAAUCGGCAGCCUCGUAGGUUGGCUUAAAAAACGUUAUGCACCUUUGGGACUUGGAAAGGGAAGGAUUGAACUGGUGCCAACAGACCAACGAUUGCUGGUUUGUGUAACACCUAGGAGUGAUUGCUGCUGAGUAUCCCAGCACCCCCGCCCCCCAAAUUGGGAAAGGGUCUGUAAAAUCACUAAACAAAUUUGGAACAAAACUGGAAACUGUCCCUUGGCUGGUGCACUUAACAGAUUCAAGUUUGUGAAGCAAAAUGAUUGAAAAGAACUCUUGCCCUGGAAUAAUCUUGACAAUUGAGACUUGGUGUGUUUACUUUUUGUAUUGAUCACUUCUCUUGUGGGUUUUUUUUUCUCUUUGCACUCCUUUUGUGUUUGGAUCUUGCCUACAACCUGUAUUAGGAGCUUAUUUGCCCGGAGUUUGGGUUCCCAUCUAAACCCUGUAAUGCAUGAGAUUCUUCCUCCUAACAGAGGUCUAGAAGACAAAGAGGUGUCUUAGUUCUCUGGUGACCAGAGGCUCCGUCUUGCGUUGAUGACCUUGAAGAAUUGAUCUGGCUACUGCUCUGAAAAGGCCACACACAUCACCGUGUGCACUCCUUAGAGUAUCAGCAUUUCAAACCGAUGGCUCUGUGUGCAUGUCAUGUAUUAGUGAUUACCCAGUCAUGCAAAAGACUCUGAUUCUAUGCACAAAUGUUCUUGGCCUAUUUUAUUCUCUCUCUACUUGUGCUUUCUCUUUAAUUCCCCCUGCCCCCUACCCUGUUAGUCUUCUCCCACCCCACUCCUCUUGGGAAAAUCCACUGUCAGGAGCUACAACAGACCUGAACUCACUCUGUGUGUGUGCGUGUGUGCGUGCUUGUUGGGGAAGAAGUAGUCACUUCUUUGUCUACCUAGUAUGACACAGAUUCAGUGUUUCUUUUAAGCAUUACGUUUCCUUAAAAUUUCAGAGCACCAGUGUAGGCCUAUCACUGUCAUUGUACCGAGCACGGUGUACACAAUAAGUUUCAAACCAUGGGUGCAAAUUGUGUUGUGUACUGCCUGGGGUCAGUGAGAAGGGCAGUAUAGAUGUAAAAUUCUCCCGACCGAGGUUAGUAUCCCACCUGCACAUUACAGAGUUAUUUUUACAGCUGCUGCUUGUAAUGCAACAAUGGCAUCCAAUCAGAUGACUUUGUUAAACGGCAUCUUCAAAUCACGUGUUCGGUAGGAUUGCCAGUACUUAUGCUGGGUUAGAUCCAGCCAGCUUUUUCACUCAAUCUCAUUUUUCUCUUUACUGCGACCUCGGUCCUGCUCAGCUUUUGUCCCAAGUAGGUCCCGUGAUUCUCAGCAUAGCAUUUUUGCUGGCGAAAGGGGGACAUGGACACACACACGUGGACACACACACACACCCCGCUCCAUUCUGCAGCAGUGGGAAAGCUGGUUGGAUUCAACCAGCAUGUACAAAACAGUGGGCAUGAUCCAUCAGGCACGGCCAAACAGCCUCCCCUCAUUCCGUUCCAUCUUCAAAAAGAGACCCAUUUAUAAGUGUCCCCUGGAAGACUGGAGGACGGUGUGGUCGCUUGAUAGUUUCUGACCUUUAUCUGGAAAAUAGCUGUGAAACUCUGCUUGGAAUUGCUGAAUUUACUGUUUGACAAUUCAGAUAAUGAAUGCUUGAGGAUAUACGCACCUAUAUAUAUAUAUAUAUAUAUAUAUAUAUAUAUAUAUAUAUAUAUAUAUAUAUAUAUAACAAAAACAAGUUCUGUGGUUAUCAUUCUUCAGUCCUGGAUUGUCAUCCUACUAUAGCCUGGGUUAGGCACUCCAAAAACUUUCCAUGCAGACCAUUCUUAUUGGCAUGGAGGAAGUAUCAUCUUGCCCAACUUUGACUAUGUUGACAGGCGGAGUUUCCUGACUCUGGGUUGAAUCCAGACUAAAAUUUCCAUCAGCCGAACACAGCUUUCCUGCUUGUCCCUUCCUACUGCAACCCACUGAUCUCCACAAAGUGCUGCUCUAGGGGGGUCGGGAGACUCUGAAGAAUGACACGAGGGAGGUCUGCAGUGGGAAGGGGCAAUCGGCAGAAAUGGCCAGGUUUGUCUGGAUCCGUCACUGUAAUUUGAUUAAAUGUGGUGUCAAUAUUGUUAUUUUGGGCUUAAUCCACACAUCUGUGUGUAUGGGGAUGCUCCGUGUUCAAGGCUGAGAACAUCUGAACCAAGUCAAUCUCUUGUUAAUAUUUAAGGUAUUCCAUGUUUACAAGAAACUUUUUUUUCCUGCUGAUGACAAACUAGCAUUUAAAGCAAGGCGUGUGCUAGAUUGUUUUCCCGUUGGACUGCCAAACUGCUUACUGUCAGGCUUUGGAGAUGAUGGUCAAAGACAUAAACAGGUGUUUUGUGUACAUUUGUGUAGAUUAUUAAGCAAGAACUAUGUUAACCUAGGAAUGUUUGGAGUUAGCUGUUGCGAGUUGAGGUCCUUUCCCCGUUUCCUUCCUUUCCAGACAUUUUAUUGAAUCACUUUAUACAGGUUAUAUUAUGCUUAUCCCCAUCUAACUAAUAGCCCAUCUGAAUGGUCAAAGUUGGCGAAACAGUUCUUUAUUCAUAUGGAAUUCACAUAACGUUGAGAGUAGUUUAAGAUGAUAUAACCAGCUUGAAUCAUACAUAUCAGCUGAAUUAUCAAUGGUAUAGAAACACUGUAUUUUAGUUUACAGGACACAUUCUACUAGCUUCCCCUCCCUUACAUAUACAAUGAAGAAACUUGAUUUAGUUUUUACUAGAACCUUCUUGGUUUUUAAAUGUACAUACUUUUGAGUGUUCUUUUUUUUUUGUUAAUGUUUUUAAAGACAUCAAAUUAAGCUAACUUGUGUCUUUGACUUCACUCUGCAUGUUUCUGUUUAACCCCUCCUAGAUUUUUUCAAAUUUGACUUAAUUUAACAUUCUCAUUCUCCAGUGUCAAUGACCUUUUAGACUUGGAAAAGAAAACUUAUUGUGUUUACAUAGUAGUUUAGUUCAAACAAUGCGUUUUCCCACCAAAAUGGAAAAAAAAUUUUUUUUUGCAUUGUUUCAUAUUUAUAAAAUUUGCAUUUUUAUUUAAAUUCAGAAUAAAAGUUUUUGAAUAUGAAUCACGAUUUUGUAUGUUAAUGGCUGACUAUUUUGUACACUCCCAACUCUUGCGAAAACAAACCACAUCCCACUGGUAGCUAUGUUACUUGAGCACACCAUUACUGCUUCCCCCCCACCCCUUUUCUGCUGGAAAUGAAAUAAAUUUCAAUCCCACCUGAAAUAUUUCCAGCAAACUCAGCUGUCCGACAGCUUAGAAAUCAAGGACUGAAGGACGUUUGACUUUCUAAUUUUUUUUUUGUGUAUUUAAAUGACAUGAAUGUAAAGAGGGAUGCUCAGGGUUGUUUCUGGAGCUUGUUGAAUUUUUCUCCUUUUUCUUUCCUUUUUUUUUUUUUUGGCCUAUGACUUUUAUUUUCUAAAUAAAAUACUUCAUGUAGCAAUCUUGGAAUACGUUGAGAAGGAAAAUGCCAAACCAUUUUGGUAAAAAAAAAAAAGUAUACAGUAGGUGUUUUUAAACAGUACAAUGUUUUUAAUGUGUUGAAUUAUUCUUGAAGAAAUAUGUGCCUCAGUUUUUAGAUGUUUUUUCUGCACUAAGUUCCUGACCAUUUUGACCAAUCAAUGCACCUUUCCAGUGGCAAGACAUGCUUCUCGUAAAUUAUAGUGUCACAAUGCAAAACUUAUUAGUGACUGUAAAAUGGAAUAAAAGUUAAGUUUUCAGGGAAUGCAAAAGGUAUUAACUUAAGAGAUAAAACCUUUUAUUCAAUAUGUGUUGCUUCAUACUGUAAAUAGCUUUUUUUGGCUAUUGAACCUAAUUGUAAUCUUUCAGGUAUUUUUGUACAAAUGAGGGACUGAUUGUUUCUUGUAACUAGAAAUAAACAUUAAUACAACGGUAUUCAUUUUA